AGUAAUUUUAUCCUCGCACACAAAUCAAUAAUAGUUACACUCAAUUGCUUUAGCCUGAAGACUCUAAGACAUGUAAUGUGUACAGUUUCGAAAAUGAAGCAAGAAAAAACAGAUUGCAAAGAAAAGAGAAGACGAUCACCGCUCGAUCGCUUGUGUUGUAUGUCUGGGUUGUUGCUGUCCAUCGCUUGUAGUGUCGCAAUUAUUCAUGUCGAAUUCAGGAUUCAGGAGCAACAACGGCUGAUAUCACAAACAACGACAAUCUAUGAUCAGAUGGAGACUGAAAUACUGCAAAAACUUCAGCAGAAUUACAAACGUUGGGGAGAUCUGAGAGACAAAACCUGGCAGAAAAACACGGGUAGGUUUAGCGGAUCAUGUUUACUGUAGGUAGUGUCGACCGAUCUAUCGGUCGAUAUAGCGGUCGAUAGUCGGUCGACACUCGGUCGAUAUAGCGAAGGGUGACGUUUGUUGAUAGAAAUUAAACCGCUUUUGAAGUCGCUUGAGUAGUUAAUAUGUUUCUUUUAUUUUCAUUGAUACUCGUUUAGGUCACAAAGAGAGCAAUUUAAGGCAAAAGCGAAGUGUUUCAUCGACCAUUAGACAAGGUGGUCCCACAGUAACACCUUCUUAUGUACAACUGCUGAUACGAGACGAGCUGAGACUUCUACAGAACCAAAUCUGCGCUAAAGAUCACGUGUUAUGCCGUGCAGGACCGCGAGGAAAACCGGGCCGCCGAGGAAGACCCGGGAACCCUGGGAAGCAUGGCCCCCAGGGAAUUCCAGGACCAAUGGGCAUAAAGGGAGAUCUAGGAGUACAGGGGAAUGUGGGACCACCCGGACCAAGAGGCCCUCGAGGAGAGAAGGGUCAGAAAGGCGAACAGGGAAAGUCAAUUUCCGCUCCCUUUUUCAUCGAAGCUCCUUCUGAAAAGACAGUCAAAGAAGGCCAAAGAGCAGUUUUGAAAUGUACAGUUGACGGAUAUCCACAACCGAGGGUCACGUGGUUCAGGAAAAGAUCGGCUUUGCCCGUUGGGCGUUACGUGACUGGACCCAGUAACGCUCUGAUCUUAAAAGAUGAUUUUGGUCUUCUAUGACCUUAGAUGUCGACAUCGCGUCUUUUGGAUGACCCUUCACGAUUGCGGAGUCGUGUUAAUUGUCACGUUACAUUCAAAAUAGCGAGUGCUUCAGAAAACUUUCGAAUACGCUUGUAUUCGUGUCAAAAGAUAACUUGCCAAUCCUUGCCUUUAUAAUAUCGGUGAAUUUUAACAACAAGUAGGCACUAGAGUAAUCCAAGCAAAUCGUCUCUUCAAGACGUGGUAAUUCUAAAGCAUUCAUCCUCAUUGAUUUGUUUUCUCUGGUUGUAUUUCAACAGUUGCUCCGCGGUUAUCAAUGAGUUCCAGUCGAGUGAUGGCUGAGGAGGGGCAAAACAUCAACAUUGCCUGCAGUGCAACUGGUCAGCCUCAGCCUAAUAUCACGUGGUUUAAAGCGAUCGGUGAUUUACCUGUCGGAGCUGUGGUUAGUUCUACAGCACUGAAAAUCAACAACGUGAAAAAAGAGGACGGUGGAACCUAUGUGUGCAGAGCAAAGAAUAUUCUUGGAAAUGUUCAGGGUACAGCUCAAUUGAUGGUUUUCUCUCGUCUGCGAUUUAAAGUUCGUCCACCGAUGGAAACUACUCCUAAGCUGGGGUAUCCUGUGCGUUUUCCCUGUGUAACCGAGAGCGACUUGAGCACUACAGUCACGUGGUUAAAGGAUGGAAAUCCAUCACUGCCCGUUGAUUCUAACAUUCUCAGAAACAACACACUGGUUAUUCCCAACGUCACAAAUGCACACGUCGGAUCAUAUACUUGUAGAGCAAGCAAUGCUUUGUCAACAAUCGAAGCAAGCGUUGAAAUAAAGACUACGACUUUUUCUUCCUGUUCAGUGGUACGGAAGUACGCCAACGGCUCCAGCGGAAGUUACGUCAUUGACCCAGAUGGGAACGGAGGACUGGCACCGUUUACCGUGUAUUGUGACAUGAGCGACAAAAAUGGAGUUGGCGUGACAGUCAUAAGUCAUGAUAGUGAGAGCAGAACACUUGUGGACGGAUAUGGUGGAGUUGGUGAAUACUCACGCAAUAUUCAUUACUCCGGAGCAAGUUUUUCGCAGCUGGCAAAACUUACUGACGUGUCUACUACCUGUGAGCAGUUCAUUAAAUAUGAAUGUUAUCAUUCUCUCCUACUCGACAACCCACAUGGCUGGUGGGUGUCACGUAGCUCUUCCAAAAUGACAUAUUGGGGAGGAGCCUCGCCAAGAAGCAACAACUGCGCAUGCGGAAUGACCAAUUCAUGUGCAGACUCCAGUAAAAGGUGUAACUGUGAUAAGAAUGAUGCAGUGUGGCGUGAGGACAGCGGUCUUCUCACGGACAAGACACAACUGCCAGUCAAACAGCUCAGGUUUGGAGACACAACAGAAUACGAUGGUCAUGAUGAGAAAGGCUACCACACUCUGGGGAAACUUAGAUGUUACGGAAUAGCAAGUGAAUAGCUAGUUUCAUAACUUUGGAUUCGGAAUUUUUGUCCUUAAAAGAAUGUGACGUACCCGCAACUUCUCCAGUUUUGCUGUUAGAUUUACCCGUAUAUGAACACAUCCGCAACAAGGGGUGUAAAUUAACUUACAGUAAUAAGCUAAGCUAUAAACAAAUCUUUUGAUUUUCUCGAAACAAAUAGCUUUAUGUGAACUUUUUUAACUGACAACAGAUUCUUACCAUAGUGCCUUAGUUGGAAAAGUGAUUUUGUUACUUUGAAUCGAGAGGUGGUUGGACUGUAUAGAAAUCGCUAAGUAGCAGGAUACUUUUAAUUUAAAUCCCAUCGCUGACUUUUUUCAGUUUCACCCCUCAAAGUAAUAUGGAGUAGUCGAAAAUUAGGCUGUGUACAGAACCCCUCCCCUCAGGAUUUUUCCUGAGGGGAGGGGGAGUCUGUACACAGGCUAUCAAAAAUGACGUAAAGAAUUGUUGCCUUUCUAAUAUUGUAUACUUAUAGUAAUUAAACAAUGCAAGUUUGUAUCUAAAUAAGCUGUUUUCUGUAUUUUGGAUGAAGUUACUAAAUGCCCAACAUGUCAUCAAAAAAUGGCACCCCCCGAGAAAUACUGGAACGUAUGGCUACGAUUUUUAUGCAAAGAGUAUACAUGGAACCACGAUAUAACGAACCGCCCUACAUAACGAACGGACGAAUGAUAUUCCGCGCCUCAGUAAUAGUAAAAUAUAUGCCCCGGAAAAGACCCUCGAUAUAACGAAACCUCAUUAUAGCGAAGAUAUUUUUCCAGUCCCUUGGCCCUUCUUUACAUCGAGCUUCCACUGUAUUAAUAAAAUUAAUAAAGCGAUUUCAAUGAGGUGCUUUUCUAGACGACGUAUAUUAAAAGGUACAUUAAAAGUUUUAAGGACGAUAGAGGCCUCAGGGUACCAGAACCCAUUAGUCCGCUAAUGGGAUCAGAGGCACCUUGUUGUGGCGGUGGAUUAUCUUGUAUUUGUCUACAAAAUAUUCACUUCAAAUUUUUUAAAUUUUUUAACUCUGACCCGAUCCAAUAUUUUCAAAUUUCCAAAAUUUUCUACCUCCCCUACCAGAAAUUUCCGGGAUUUCGGAUUCCCUUACAUGGUGCGAUACUGGACGAUACAAGAUCCUUCAACACUCAGUGAAUAUGGGCCUAGUACAGCUGGUGAAAUCGAGCGUCCGAAAACGGCGGUAGUGGAGCGAGCGCAAGCAAAAAGCCUGCAAGAUGGCUGAUCCAUGACCUAGUAGUAAACCUUAAAAGUCCUUUGAAAUUCAAUUCAAAGCGUCCUCAGAUCCCACGUGGCUGAAUAAUCUGCAGAUAAUGUUAACUAAGACGUUCAACUUUUAUGGCAACUUUUAUUUCCUGUCGACAUCUGCUCUACUACGAAAAAGUGUAUCAACUCCGUUUAAAAAAAUUCGCAUCUCUCAAACGGCCAACAUAAAGCAGUAAAAAUUUCACACGUAAUAGAACAUGAUGUUUUUCUUGAACGGAAAUUUUCAAACUAAAAUCCUGAUUUACUAAGACUCAACAAAUAAUAAACAAUGUUUUUAUACAUAUGCCUUCUGACAAUAUGACCUUUGACAACAUAAACUUGACGAUUAAUCUCGCAGUUAUUACAGCCGAUCAACGAAGAGCGGUUUACAUUGGGUCUGAGCCAGCCACACCCUCAAAACAUAACAGGAAGUUGUCCCUUCAUUAUCAUCAGUCUAGUAUCUCAUUUCUCCCCCAUGAAUGGUUACAGUUUUCUCAGCAAUUUAAUCUCGCACAUAACCGAUAUAGUAGCACUUAAUUGCUAAAGCCUUGACUCUAGUAGGGAGUAGAGAGCAAACCGCAAUGAAACAAGGAAAAACAGAUCGUCAAGAAACGACCGGACGAACAUCACUCGAUCGUUUGUGUUGCACGUCUGGGUUGUUGCUAUCCAUCGCGUGCUGUGUCGCACUAAUUCAUGUGGAAUUCAGGAUUCAGGAGCAACAAAGGUUGAUUUCACAAACAACGACAGUCUGUGAUAAGAUGGAGACUGAAAUACUGAGAAAAGUGCAACAGAAUUUUAAACAGUGGGGAGGAGUGGCAGGCGAGAAAACACAGGAAAACAAAGGUAGGCUAGGAUGUGUUGUUUCAUGGCAGGCAAUGAAUUUGAGCCCUAUAUAAAACCGGUUUUGUGACAAAAAAAUCGACUACAACAAAAGGUGAAUCUAUUCCUUCUCUGUAAUCAAAAGAGGAAAGUUUCCCACGACCCUUGAGUGCGAUAUUUUCCAUGCGACCAUUGUCACAUUACAGGUUUAGUCUCGAGUUUACUUUCUAGGCCCACUUAGUACUAUAAUUUUUGUUUUCCUGAUUAUACUUGUUCAGGUCACAAAGAGAGCGAUUUAAGACGAAAGAGAAGUGCAAGCUCAUCACCGAGCAGGCAAGUUAGUCCCACAGUAACACCCUCCUAUGUACAACUGCUGAUACGAGACGAGCUGAGACUUCUACAGAACCAAAUCUGCGCUAAAGAUCACGUGCUAUGCCGUGCAGGGCCGAGAGGAAAACCGGGCCGUCGGGGAAGACGGGGAAGCCCUGGGAAGCAUGGCCCCCAGGGAAUUCCAGGACCAUUGGGAAUAAAGGGAGAUUCGGGAGUACAGGGGGAUGUGGGACCUCCCGGACCAAGAGGCCCUCGAGGAGAGAAGGGUCAGAAAGGCGAACAGGGAAAGUCAAUUUCCGCUCCCUUUUUCAUCGAAGCUGCUGCUGAGAAAACAGUCAAAGAAGGCCAAACGGCAGUUUUGAAGUGUGAAGCAGACGGAUAUCCACCACCGAGGGUCACAUGGUCAAGGAAAAGAUUGCCACUUCCGGCUGGGCGUCACGUGACGGGACCCAGUAAGGCUCUUAUUUUAAAGAAUCUCGAACCAGAAGAUACCGGAAUUUACAGCUGCAGUGCAGAAAACCUUUUGGGAAGUGUCAACGCUUCGGUACAAUUAACAGUGCAGUGUGAGUUUCAUGAAGUCUCGUCUUUUGACAUCUUACGGCGUCAAAAUAUACAUCAUCUUUUAUUGUCACCGUAAAUUCAAAACAAGGGUGCAUUAAUAAAAAUAUUUAUCAUAAUAAUGAUAAUAAUAGAUAACAGAAUCAAAUUUUCUCUUUUAUGGUGGUCAAUUCUAAAGUAUUUAUCUUUAUUUAUUGUUUUAUCUGAUUGUAUUUCAACAGUUGCUCCGCGGUUAUCAAAGAGUUCCAGUCGAGUGAUGGCUGAGGAGGGGCAAAACAUCAGCAUUACCUGCAGUGCUACUGGUCAGCCGCAGCCCAAUAUCACGUGGUCGAAAUCGAUCGGUGAUUUACCUGUAGAAGCUGUGGUUAGCACUACAGAACUGAAAGUCAACAAUGUACAAAAACAGGACGGGGGUGUCUACAUAUGCAAAGCAGAAAAUAUUCUGGGAAAGGCGGAAGAAACUGUGCAAGCUGUAAUAUUUUCAGCACUGCAGUUUUCAGUUCGCUCUCCCAAGCAGAUUACUCCAAUUCUUGGGUCGCCUGUGCGACUUCCAUGUGUAGCCAAAAGUGACCUGAGCCCUACAGUCACGUGGUUAUUCCAUGGUAAGCCAUCACUUCCGACUGAUUCUAAUAUUCUACAAAACAACACGCUGGUUAUUCCCAGUGUGAAAAAUUCACACGCUGGAUCGUAUACUUGUAGAGCAAGCAAUGCUCUGUCAACAAUCGAGGCACGUGUGGAAAUAAAGACUCCUUUUACUCCUUUAUCAUGUUCUGUGAUACGUAAAUACGUAAGCAACUCGAGCGGAAGUUACGUCAUUGACCCAGAUGGCGAAGGAGGACUGGCACCGUUUACUGUGUAUUGUGACAUGAGUGACAAAAAUGGAGUUGGCGUGACAGUUAUAAGUCACGACAGUGAAAGCAGAAUACUUGUGGACGGAUAUGAAGACAGAGGUUCAUACUCACGAAGUAUUCAUUACUCAGGAGCAAGUUUGUCUCAGUUGGCGAGCCUUACCGACGCCUCUUCGCACUGUGAACAGUUUAUCAAAUAUGAAUGCUAUGGUUCUCUGAUAUUGCGCGAGUCUUAUGGUUGGUGGGUGUCACGUGAAUCUAAGAAGAUGACGUAUUGGGGAGGAGCCUCGCCUGGAAGUAACAAGUGCGCAUGCGGAAUGACCAACUCAUGUGCAGACUCAAGUCAACAGUGCAACUGCAGUAUGAAUGACGCAGUGUGGCGUGAAGACAGCGGUCUCCUUACUGAUAAAACACAACUGCCAGUCAAACAGCUCAGGUUUGGAGAUACAGGCGUUAACGGGGCCAAAGGGGUAAAAGAUGAGGAGGGUUACCACAUUCUCGGAAAACUGAAGUGUUACGGGAUAGCAAAUUAG